AUGGAACGAAUGGGCAGCGCGGUGACCGUCAGCAUCCCCCAGGGUGCGCUCAGAGGCCGCAGGCUCAAGACACCCUCCGGCAGAACCUACUGCAGCUUCCAGGGUAUCCCUUAUGCCAAGCCACCAGUCGGGCCGCUCAGGUUCAAGUCACCGGAACCACCAGAACCAUGGAGCGGCAUACGAAACGCAACAAAGGAAGGCAACAUAGCCCCGCAGAUAGACUUCCUUAUGAGAAGCAAGACGGAAUAUGAAGGAGAUGAAGACUGUCUGUACCUAAACGUUUACACUUCAAAGCUUCCAACAGGAGAAAAUGCACAACUCAUCCCCGUUAUGGUGUGGAUUCAUGGAGGAGCAUUUUUGUUAGGUUCUGGGAAUACAGAGCUUUAUGGGCCGGAUUAUCUCAUGGAACAUGAUGUUCUGUUAGUGACGUUCAACUAUCGUCUUGGAGUGCUUGGAUUUCUAUCCACGGAAGACGAGUUGGUCCCCGGAAACGCAGGUCUCAAAGACAUGGUGAUGGCUCUGAAGUGGGUAAAGAGCAACAUCACCAGGUUUGGCGGUGACCCGGGCAACGUCACCAUAUUUGGCGAGAGCGCUGGUUCCAUGUCCUGUCAUAUACUCUCCAUAUCUUCUGCGGCCAAAGAGGCAAAACAUGAACGUAUUCAUCUUCUUGUGCCCUGA